AUGACAGAUGAUAGGAAUAUAACAGGACUAUUGCUAAAUCAGACGUUCAAGUUGUUCCGAUGCAAUACUACCUUAACACCAACAACCACCAAACUAUCCCAUAGGCAACUUGAAAGAUUUCGAAUAUCAUUAAGUAAAUUCUUGUAUCGCAAAUAUCGAGAAUCGCUCAAAUAUAAUGAUGAAUUGAUCACUCGAUAUGAGACGUAUCGUGAUAUAAUUACAGAUAUUACUAUAUACAACGGAACAGUCCACAAGUCAGACAAUCGAAUUCAAUAUCUUAUUUUGAAAUCUUCAAACAAGACGUUAUUGGCAAGACAUGUUAUUAUUUUUGUCAGCAACACGACAAGUAAUAAUGAGAGUUCCAUAGUGUUGAACAAAAUCACCAGCCAACCCGAUGUGAACGACUAUAUAAUUGAGUUGCUUGAGGAUAUAAAUGAUUCACCAUUAUUGAUCAAGCCAUUUUCGUUCCCAAGAGAUUUCAUACCUAAUUUAGUAAACCAACUACUGACGCAUGUGGCUGAAGUUGGCCAUAUGCAACUAGUUUAUUCUCCACCGUUAGGUAAUUCUACCUUACGAAAUUUUAUUAUUGACAUUCCCAAAGCCGAUACUGAGAAAUUAUUUAACGAGAAUUUGUAUAAUGAUAUCUGUCAAUUCUUGUACAAUACCAGUAAAGUCAAGUUUGACAAGAUCCAGGUGGAUAAGUUUAUGUGUCAUUUGCUUAAUGUUUCCCAGGAUGGGAGGUUUAAAUUGAAUGACGAUGUACAAGAAGAGUUGGUGUGGAGUUUGGUUGAGUCUAUAAGGGGCAAAACAUUGUAA